AUGGAAAAGGAGGCGACAAUAUACAUCAUUGACCUGGCCCGGUCGAUGGGCAGAAAACACAAUGGUCGAGACCAGAGCGACCUCGAAUGGGCGCUACAAUGGGUUUAUGACAAGAUCACCAACAUCGUCUUCACGGGGCGGAAGACGCUUCAAGUUGGCAUUGUUGGACUUGGCACCGCUGACACCGACAACGAGAUGCAAGCGGAUCCCAGUUACAGACACAUCAGCGUGCUACAGCCGGUUGCUCAGAUUCUGAUGGCUGAGUUGCAGAACUUGCCUAAGGUCCUCAAACCCAGCAAUACAGACGAUCGUGAUAUUCUCUCAGCCAUCAUCAUCGCCGUCGACAUGAUGAUGAGAUAUUGCAAACAUCUGAAGUAUAAGAAGAAGAUCGUCGUGGUCACGAAUGCGACAGGAAGUCCUAUUGAUGAUGAUGACAUCGAAAGCACGGCGCAGCAAUUCACGAGCAAUAAUAUCGAACUGGUGAUGUUGGGCAUAGAUUUCGAUGAUCCAGAAUAUGGAUUCAAGGAGGAAGAGAAACCAGAACUCAAGAGGAAGAAUGAAAAGAUUUUGCGAAAACUAGCUGACCUUACUGGAGGUGUGCUGGGAACAAUGCAAGAAGCCAUUGACGAGCUUUCGCGACCACAAAUCAAGCCGGUCCGACCGACGCCUACAUAUAAAGGCCAACUGAAACUUGGUGAUCCGACACAGUAUGACACAGCCUUGUCCAUUGCUGUCGAGCGAUAUUUCAAGACGUCAAUCAGAAGACCGCCCACGGCUAGUGCAUAUGUCGUCAAACCCAGCGGCGCAGAGCAAGACGACGCGGAGAACUUCACCAACGUCCACAAUCUGUACAAGUACAAAGUCAAGGACGAAGAGUACGAAGGCGGAGCCAAGGUUCUCGAUCGCGAAGAGCUCGCAAGAGGGUACGAAUACGGGCGAACAGCGGUACCAAUUUCGGAGUCGGAGCAAAAUAUCACCAAAUUGGAGACAGAAAUGGCAUACGAUAUUCUUGGCUUCAUUCCUGCGGACAACGUGGAGCGGUACAUGCUGAUGGAUAACACCAGCAUGAUCGUCCCGCAAAAAGGCAACGACGAAGCCGCACUCGCUCUCUCCUCCUUGGUUCACGCCCUUUACGAGCUCGGGUCUGUAGCCAUCGGCCGCCUCGUCAAGAAAGACAUGGUGGAACCAAUCCUCACGCUCUUGUCACCGCUCGUCGAAGCAGAUUUCGAGUGCCUUAUCGAAAACAUCCUCCCCUUUGCAGAGGAUAUCCGAUCCUACCGCUUUCCGCCCCUGGAUAAAGUCCUUACUGUCUCGGGAAAGGCACUGAGCGAACACCGCAACCUUCCCUCAGAAGGACUGCUGCAAAGCAUGAGUGAUUUUGUCGACAACAUGAGCCUACUUGGGGAUGACGACGAGGAAAUGGUGGCUAUCGAUGACACGUUCUCUCCUCUCCUACAUACAAUCGAAGGCGCGAUCAAAUACCGGGCCGUCCACAGCUCUGACCCCGAGAAGAGAAACGAGAUCCCGAAGAGGCCAGAAGCAUUCGACUCGCUUCAAAAACAACCCCUGGAGCUGCAGGAAAGGAGUAGGAAGGCGCUUCAACGCUUGAUUGAGGCUGCAGAUGUGAAGAAGGUACCCAGCAAAGUAAAAGGGAGAAGACGGUAUCGCGAUAGAGAGGCAGAAAAGCCUUUGUCGGGACUCAAUGUGGAGGAGCUGUUCCGUAAGGCACGUCCAUCCAGCGAGCGCGGCAAGGUCCACAUCUCCCCGGACAACGCGAUCCCAGAGUUCAAACAGUUAUUGGAAUCGACGGACGAUAUGGAAAUCAUAAAGGACGCGGUGAGACAGAUGCAAGAGAUUCUGGAGAACUUGGUCAGGAGUGAUUUUGGCGGCCAGAAUUACCCGCGUGUCGUGGCAGGUUUGGGCGAAAUGAGAGAGGAGAUGAUGGGGCUCGAAGAGCCGACGUUGUACAAUGACGUUGUGCGCGAGCUCAAGCAGAAGAUCUUUGCCGAGCAGUUGGGUGGGAACAGACGCGAGUUGUGGUGGUCGAUUCGAAAGGGCAAACUCGGAUUGAUUAGCAAGGAUGAGGAAGAGCAUUCAAAUGUGGAUGCGGUGGAGGCAGAAGAGUUUCUGAAAGUCCCCAAGCCGCAAGGGUGA